AUAUUCACAAACCCUUCACUCCGGCUCACGUCGUGCGACACUCAGGAAGCAGUCUUAAAGUUGAAAAGCUGUGCAGCAGGAUUGUAACUGUAGCGCCCCCUUUGGCACAUGAACGAAGACGCGACGAGCUUCGAGCAGAUCCAGGUGCGGUCAUGGCUGAGGGGUUGCUGAUGCAGGUGGGACCGUCUGUCUACACGCACAGGUCGGCCCAUCAGAGCGAGUCCUCGGUACAGACACACCUGGGCGGAGGGGCGGGGCUUCAGCAGGAGUGUGGCGCCAAUCAGAGGAGUGCAUACUGUAAAGAGCUGCUGAUGAGAGGAGGAACAGAGUUCAGCUUUGAAGAGCUCAGAGCUGAAAGAUACAACAAGCAGCAAAGCUUUCAACUUGACGAGAAACUGAGAUGUCUGAAGGAGCUGAAGGAGCAGCUUAGUGUGGAGUUGGAGGAGAAGAAGAAACUUUUACUGCUGAGAAAGUCUCAACAACAGGUGGUCCCUGAAGGUUCGGCCUCUCAGAUCAGAGGAUGUGGUCCGGCCGUCUCUCCCUUCCAGAUAUACGAUGAGUCGCAGUCCGCUGCAGCACAGCCUGCUGGAGACAAGCUGCAGGAUGACGUUUUCCUCCGUCCCGACGAGAGCGCGCUGUGUCUGAAGAUCCAGUAUCCACAACCAGGUGCUGCGGGCGUGUCUGAACACGAUCAGACUGAACCCCACGAUUCUUCUGCUGCACAGAACAACUUUCAGUUCAACAAAUCUCCUACAGGUCAUCAGAAGGGGGAGACCAUAGACCUUCUGACCGAGGCAGAGACCCGCCGUCCCGAACCAGUGUCAAAAACCAGAAAGAAGCUGAGUCCAAUCCAGGAGACCAGCGUGGAGACCAACUCCCUGACCUCACUGGGAGGCUGCAGUCUACUGCAAGAACACCAGGAGGAGGAGGAGCAGGAGGUGGAGGUGAACCGCACUCCAUCACCUGCUGGAGGCGCCAUAGAUGCCUGCGACCCAGAUGUGCGGCAGCGGCUGCUGGACCUCUGUGAUGUCACUUCCUGUCUUGACUUGCACUCAGAGCCCCAUCCUCUCCCUACUGUGGAGGAGCACAGCUGGCUGCAGCUGGGGGGCGUGGUGCACCACAUCUACUCCAGAGUGGUGGAUGGAGGAAGUUUCUCCAUCUAUAAAGGAGCUACAGAGGACGACUCUGUUUUCAUCAAGGUGGACAGCUGCUCCAUCCCCUGGGAUUUCCAUCAGUUUCAGCGUCUGAAGAGGAGUUCGUCCACCGCCGGCAGCCUUCCUCUGAUCAGCUGUUUCCUGUUCCUGGAUGGUUGCAUCACUAUCUACACGGCCCGAACCGAUCACAUGUUUUCUCUGACGGAGUGUGCGCCCACCGAGCUGCUGGUCGGUCGUAAAUCUGUUGCUCUGUUGCAGCUGGUGUCACAGCUGCACUCCUGCGGGCUGUUGCACGCAGCUCUGCAGCCAAACAUCCUCGCCUGUUCUCACAGAUGUGUCUUGAGUCCUGAUUGUGUCUUCCCGUUGGACUGGUCAUCCUCUGUGGACCUGAACCUCCAGCAGGAUGUUACAUCUGUCCAGCAGGUCCUGUCAGCUCAGAAAUAUAUCAAUGUGGGCCUCUUGGAGCCGGACGCCCCGCCACAGCUGGUGGACCUGGUAGGCGUGGCCGAAACGGUCCACCUCCUCCUAACCAACAGCCGGAUGGUUUCCAUUAAAGAUGCCGGCGGCUGGACGGCAGAGCAGUUCAGUGGAGACGAACCCUGCGACAUGUACUCCAGGAUGUGGAGGAGGUUUUUUCGCUCGUUGCUAAAUCCUGGCGUUGGCUCAUCGUCGUCUGUCCUGUUGGAGCUGGAGGAGCAACUGUCAGCACUUUACCACUGAAGCUUCAUCUGUUUGUUCUCUGUUUGUCUUUAUGAAUGUGUUUUUCCAUGUGCAACUAAAUAAAGUUUUUUUUUUCUAAA